CAUCUCAACCAUUACUCCUCUCUUUGUAUUUAACUCUCUCCCUUUCUUUCUCUCUCUAAGACUCUUAAGCUUUCUCUUCUCUUUGUAGUCAUCUCUCUCCCACUCUGACGCUCUCUUCCUCUCUCUGCUUGGAUUUGGAUUCUGGGUUUCUGUUUCUUCUGCGUUUUGAUCAACUGAAGCUUCAGAUCGUCGUCAAGCUUGAACAAGAAGAUGGUGGAUCGUCUUCAAAGCGUUUGCUGCAUGUGCGGUGACGUGGGUUUUCCUGACAAGCUCUUCCGCUGCAACAAAUGCCGCAACCGCUUUCAACACUCGUAUUGCAGCAACUACUAUAGUGAAUACGCGGAGCCGAUUGAGCUAUGCGACUGGUGCCAAAGUGAAGAGACGAGCACGACUAGGCACGGCGGUGGCAGCUCUUCUAAGAAAUCGGCAGCUUCUGCGAGCCGGUCGGAGUAUUCCGGGGACAAGAUCAAGCAACACGAUCAUCAUCAACCCCGUGAUCAAGAGAUGGGUGGUAGCGGAGAGAAAGCGGCCGCCGGUAAGAACAGUAGCAGCCCUGGGCCGUCCCCGAGAACCGCUACUCGCAGGGUUUGUCGCGUCUGUCUGUUACAGCAGAGACUUACACCCUCAUUGCUUUGUUGAGACUCUUAAGAAAGAAGAAUUGAAUGCUCUACUGGGAUGCCUUCUUGCCAAAGAAUUCAGACUACCUAAAGCCUGCUGCUAGCUAUUAACUUUUCACAGAUUCAUUGAAAGCCCCUUUAAUAGAUUUCUAGCUAGGCCCUCCACACUCCUCUCUAUUAUUAUUCCAAGCAAAAUUAAAUCCAAAAAACACAAAGGAAAAAGUGAGUGCUUGGAAUGAGAAGCUAGCUAGCUAGCUAGUAGGAGAUGUGAAUGAGAUGUUUAACUGUUUAAGUGGUGGAUGUUGUUGG